GUGGUGAUCAUAUUCUCGGGCAAAGAGUUGCCAAACGACUUAAGACUAAGUGAUUGCGAUUUGGGACACAAUUCGGUGAUUCACGCCAUCAAUGCCCUCAACAUUAAGACGAAGACCAAGUUAUUGCCAUUCAGUGAUCAGUUGACACUUAACCAGAAGCUCACAAACCUUGACAUGAAUGACACGAAUGAAGAGACUCGACACGAACUCGAGGACAGGAACCGAUUGUCUCGACGUGUGACCACUGAUGAGGACAAGAGCGCACAGAAGUACUAUUUCUUCGUGUUUUGCAACUCAUGUGAACAACUGAUGAACGGAAAGCUUCGCGUGGUUUGCGAUAAAUGCAAAAACGGGACAAUCGUUGUGGACAGAGAGCCUCGUGAGUGGCACGACGUGUUGACCCCCAACCGAAUCACUGGCGUCUGUCAGUCGCAGGACUGUAACGGAACUAUCGCUCAGUUUUACUUCAAAUGUGCGGCAAAUACUCACAACAGCGCCGCCGAUGACGACCGGACGACAGGCGCCGAUGCGGUGGACAGGAGUCGUGCGGUUGUGCUGCCCCUCAUCCGCCACAACUGCAUCGGCGUGUCGUGUCUCGCGUGCACUGACGUCAAGGACACGGUUCUGGUGUUUCCGUGCGCCGCCAAACAUGUCAUAUGUUUGCACUGUUUCAGAGACUACUGUCUCUCCAAACUCAAUGAACGCCGAUUCGUAACCGACCCUCAAAUCGGGUAUUCAGUGAACUGUGCGGUCGGGUGUCACGAGUCGCUCAUCCGUGAGACGCAUCACUUCAAACUCAUGGGACAAAUAGCGUACGAGAAGUACCAGAGGUUUGGCGCCGAAGAGUGUGUGCUGAGUGCGGGCGGAGUGUUGUGUCCACAACCGGGAUGUGGCGCCGGUAUCCUAUUGGACGAAACGGAGCCCGAGUUUUGUACGCGUAUUACAUGCAGUGAAUGCACUUUCGUCUUCUGUCGCAAAUGUCUUCAGGGAUAUCAUGUGGACGACUGCGUGUCCGACGCAGACAAUGGUGUGUCGGAGCCCAACACCAGUGCCUUUCAAGCCAUGAGUGCCGCGAACGCCGAUCACUCCAAAUGGGAUGAUAUGAUGACCCGAACGGCUAUAAGACUGUCGACCAAACCGUGUCCGAAGUGCCGGACGCCUACCGAAAGGAGCGGCGGGUGUAUGCAUAUGGUGUGCACCAGAUCUCAGUGCGGAUUCAAUUGGUGUUGGAUUUGUCAGACCGAGUGGAACAGGGAUUGUAUGGGAAACCAUUGGUUUGGUUAA